UUCAAUCGUCAUUGCACCCGCUUACUUAUAUAAGCUACUCAGCAGUACUCAGCGAGAUAUUACACAUUUUAACUCAUAUUGUGCGAUGAAUAGUCAGCUGUUGAAUACCAUUUAGAAACCUACCUAAUAGUCAGGCACCAACCUAAUAGUCAGGCACCACUCAACAUAUGCAUGCAUGGACAACCAUAUAUUCCAUCCAAUGCUGUGAACCCAUAAGCCAUCCAUUCAUCGAGUAUUCCAAUGUACCACCAGCCAACAACUACCGAGAACCCCAGACCUUUGUGUGGAGCCCCGCAGCCGUUGAAAUGAGGUAAGAUGAUUCAUACUCCAGAACAUAACCCCAUCUCAGAAAGGCCAUACAUCUAACCAAGUUCCAACCCUCUAGAGCCGAACACUCAUAUAUCAAUCACACUCAAUACACAUCUAUUCCAACACGAGAUUCGCAGUACAGUAUUCCCAAAAAUACCCUUCCAACCUCCUCAUCCAUUAACCACUCCUAAUCCCAACCAUCCCAACAGCUCCGCCUCCUUCUUUUUGAUCAAAAAGUCCCCAGACAAGCGGCACCACAAACCCAAGAAGUUUCAUUUCACACCCCAACUCCACCAACUCCGCCAACCUUGCUAUCAAUCAUACUCCAAAACCACCCAGAAUAAACCAAGCCCCCGUCACACCGACAAAGACCAAAGACCAAAGACCAAAGACCAAAGACAAAUUCCCAAAAUUCAUAGCCCAUUAUAUUUCCGAAAAUACCUACUACGUACUUACUACCAAACGCACAUCACCACCUCAAACAGGCCACUGAAAAAUGACCGUCUGGUCUAGUCUAUUCUAUUCGUAUUCGAUUCGGGCUGAUCCGUCUAUAUAUGUAUGAAUCAAUCAAAUGAGGUCAGGUAGGGAAAUCAAUAUAUGACGAAUAUGCACUCCAUCCAUUCCGCUGUACGGAAACCGUGAUAGUUGUUAAUAUUCUUAAACCAAGUGGUGACUGGGAUG